UAAUAAUAUAGCUGCUAUUGAUACAUUUAACAAUUUUCAAAUACACUGUAUACUUCAGUAUGUACCUGUGUACAUCACUUUUAUGGCAAAGGUUAAAUAGUUCAAAAAUACAUUUAUAAAUUUCUAGUUGAGGAUAGGGUUGUAUUAAUAAUACAAACAAUGCAUUAACUACAUAUGCAUUUAAAAAAUCUUCAUUGAAAAUAGCAGCAAUGUUAUGACAGGAAUGAAAACAAACAAAAUAUAUUUUUUAAAGUGUUUAAGGCUUAAUCUUUCAAAACAUUUAAUUAUGUCAAUAUUACUUGGUCAUUAAAACAGCUGUGAUAUUUUGACUUCUUUUUCCCAUUCACCUGAUGAAUGCCUUUGGUGUGGAUUUCUGUUUGUCAGUAAUGACUCAGGUAUCAAAAGAUAAGGGAAAUGUCUUUUUAGUGCUAUUUUAAGAAGAUAUCUUAAAAAGGAACCCUAUAAAUCUGAAUUACCAACUUGCCAGAAGGUGGCAAUGACUGGGUUUUUGACUCAUUGCAUGAUUAGUGUACCAGGAAUCUAUCUUACCUACCUACAUGUGAAGGGGAAAAGAUGAAAAAAAGCCCUCCAGCUUUUUCUUGAACAGGACCAUUUUAUCCUCUUAGAAACACAUACGCACAUUCCUCUUUGAUACACUGACAAUCCUUUGAAAAAGGGUAUCUGAGCUCUGAAGCCUACAUGCUGAGACAGCCAUAAUAUCAAAAAGAAAUUUUCAUCUCAAGACCAUUAAAUGUGUAUCUCAAAACUUUUUAUUCAAGGUUGUUUCCAGUCUGACACUAAUUCCUUACAAGGGUGGCCCACCCAGAUUCCUGUCCACUAACCCGCCGAGCCUCAUAUUCUUCUAAGUAGAAGUGGGCUGGGCCACCGACGUUCAGUGAUGGUGAAUCUGGACACGUUUGUGUGUUUGGUGGCUUCCAUCCUGGUUACAAAGUAGGAGCCUGGUCUAUUUUUAGGCUACAGUGAAAAUUUCCUUUCCUUGGAGACUGAAUUUUCCAAAACUAUCGAAGUAGAAAUGUGGUAGCAGGGGAGAAAAACCCAGCAUGACUACGUGAUCUCAGGCCAAAUGGUAGAGGAAAACCAGCCACUUGUGUCUCAUUAGUAGGACAUUUCAGUAGAAAUACUUGGGUGUCAUUGUUUUUUUUACACAUUUGUGGCAUUUGACAAAGGAACUAGGUUUUCGUAAGGGUAAGAUGCCAAGGAAACUGUUGAUACAAAUAGAAAAGCAGUUUGACGGUGUUGUUCCUCCGAGGAAACUGAGAUGCAGAUUUAGCAAGGGAAAGCGCUAUGAGAUCAUCUUUCAGAUGUCAAUGCAGAAUGAAGGCAACACUGGGUUUGUAGUGAUUAUUUAAGACAUUGUGGAGAUUUCUUUAGGACCUGGCCAUUUACCUCAAAAGCAACACAACUUUAAGAUUAAAAUGGAUCAUUUUGAAACAGCCUCCAGUUAAUAUUUAGUUUGAACAUAAAAUUUAAAUAGUCAAGGGGAAAAAAAAACAGACUUCCCAGCAACAGUUCUGGCUACUGAAAGGGUAGCACCAGGAUAAUCUGUAGAACUAGGUCUUUUUUUCUCUCCUUAAAAUAGUUUUGCUUCUUGAGCUGCAUUCCCUGGGAAAAGGGCAGUGAAUUACAUUAAAGGGCACAUUCCCACUGGAGUUUUCUGCCUCUUAGGGCCAAGGUCUCCCAACCCCUGGACAGACUUUUCACUCUUCUACACCAGAGGGUACAUCAUAGCAGCUCGUGGUGAUGUGUGAAAACCAGAGACCAGCAUGCCUGAGGGAGGUGAUGAGCUGACAGGCUGACAGAAACCAUUCCCUUCACAUUUCAAUCUCGGUUUUCCUGCAAAGCCACUGGGUGAGAGCCCAACCUUGUGUAGGUGGUGAGCACAGGAGGGAAGACAGCAAAGGACAGGUUGAGAAGAACAGACGGUGUAGUUUUCAGAAUUCUAAACCUUAAAAAAAUUACUAUAACCUGUUUGCAGUGACAUGAUACAGCUGCGAAAACCUAUGUAAUGCUGAAAUGUUACUGAGGGAAUGGUUUCUAGGUUUUAAAAAAUAACAAGGAGAAAAGUUCACGAGCAGGAUAUUUACUUAUUUUUAAAAGUUGACCUGCUAGUACACAUCUGGGGAUUCGCCAUGCUUCGAGCCUUCGUGCAGCCCGCCACACCUGCCUACCAGCCGCUUCCUAGUCACUCACCUGCCGAAACAGAGGUGACAUUUAAGGGCACUGUGGUGCAUGAAGCCCAACUCAACUGUUUCUACAUCCCUCCUGGAGGUUCCAACUAUGGGAGCCCACGCCCAGCUCACGCCAACAUGAACGCCAACGCAGCUGCGGGGCUCGCACCCGAGCACAUCCCCACACCGGGGGCAGCUCUGUCCUGGCAGGCAGCCAUUGAUGCAGCCCGGCAGGCCAAGCUGAUGGGUAGCGCUGGCAAUGCGACCAUCUCCACAGUUAGCUCCACGCAGCGGAAACGGCAGCAGUACGGGAAGCCCAAGAAGCAGGGCAGCACCCCCGCCACGCGCCCGCCCCGCGCCCUGCUCUGCCUGACCCUGCGGAACCCCCUCCGGCGGGCGUGCAUCAGCAUCGUGGAGUGGAAACCAUUUGAAAUAAUUAUUUUACUGACUAUUUUUGCCAAUUGUGUGGCCUUAGCGAUCUAUAUUCCCUUCCCAGAAGAUGACUCCAACGCUACUAAUUCCAACCUGGAACGAGUGGAAUAUCUCUUUCUCAUAAUUUUUACUGUGGAAGCAUUUUUAAAAGUAAUAGCCUAUGGACUUCUCUUUCACCCCAAUGCUUACCUCCGCAAUGGCUGGAACUUACUAGAUUUUAUAAUUGUGGUUGUAGGGCUUUUUAGUGCAAUUUUAGAACAGGCAACCAAAGCCGACGGGGCCAAUGCCCUAGGAGGGAAAGGGGCUGGAUUCGAUGUGAAGGCACUGAGGGCCUUCCGCGUGCUGCGCCCCUUGCGGCUGGUGUCCGGAGUCCCGAGUCUCCAGGUGGUCCUGAACUCCAUCAUCAAGGCCAUGGUGCCCCUGCUGCAUAUUGCCCUGCUCGUACUGUUUGUCAUCAUCAUCUACGCCAUCAUCGGCCUGGAGCUUUUCAUGGGGAAGAUGCACAAGACCUGCUACAGCCAGGAGGGCAUAGCAGAUGUCCCAGCGGAAGACGACCCUUCACCGUGCGCGCUGGAGACCGGCCAUGGGCGGCAGUGCCAGAACGGCACGGUGUGCAGGCCCGGGUGGGACGGGCCCAAGCAUGGCAUCACCAACUUCGACAACUUUGCCUUCGCCAUGCUGACCGUGUUCCAGUGCAUCACCAUGGAGGGCUGGACCGACGUGCUGUACUGGAUGCAGGACGCCAUGGGCUAUGAGUUACCCUGGGUGUAUUUUGUCAGUCUGGUCAUCUUUGGAUCCUUUUUCGUUCUAAAUCUGGUUCUCGGUGUGCUGAGCGGGGAGUUUUCCAAAGAGAGGGAGAAGGCCAAGGCGCGGGGAGAUUUCCAGAAGUUGCGAGAGAAGCAGCAGCUGGAGGAGGACCUCAAAGGCUACCUGGACUGGAUCACUCAGGCAGAGGACAUCGAGCCUGAGAAUGAGGAUGAGGGCGUGGAGGAGGAGAAGCCGCGCAACAUGAGCAUGCCCACGAGUGAGACUGAGUCUGUCAACACCGAAAACGUGGCUGGAGGGGACAUCGAGGGAGAAAACUGUGGGGCCAGGCUGGCCCACCGGAUCUCCAAAUCGAAGUUCAGCCGCUACUGGCGCCGGUGGAACCGAUUCUGCAGGAGAAAGUGCCGCGCAGCAGUCAAGUCCAACAUCUUCUACUGGCUUGUGAUCUUCCUGGUGUUCCUCAACACACUCACCAUUGCCUCGGAGCACUACAACCAGCCCCACUGGCUCACGGAGGUCCAAGACACGGCCAACAAGGCCCUGUUGGCCCUUUUCACGGCGGAGAUGCUGCUGAAAAUGUACAGCCUGGGCCUGCAGGCCUACUUUGUGUCCCUGUUCAACCGCUUUGACUGCUUCAUUGUGUGUGGCGGUAUCCUGGAGACCAUCCUGGUGGAGACCAAGAUCAUGUCUCCCUUGGGCAUCUCUGUGCUGCGGUGCGUCCGGCUCCUGAGGAUAUUCAAGAUCACAAGGUACUGGAACUCCUUAAGCAACCUGGUGGCAUCCUUGCUGAAUUCCGUUCGUUCCAUUGCCUCCCUGCUGCUGCUCCUCUUCCUCUUCAUCAUCAUCUUCUCCCUCUUGGGGAUGCAGCUCUUUGGAGGAAAGUUCAACUUUGAUGAGAUGCAGACCCGGAGGAGCACAUUUGAUAACUUUCCGCAGUCCCUCCUCACCGUGUUUCAGAUCCUGACCGGGGAGGACUGGAAUUCGGUGAUGUAUGAUGGGAUCAUGGCUUAUGGCGGCCCCUCUUUUCCAGGGAUGUUAGUCUGUAUUUACUUCAUCAUCCUCUUCAUCUGUGGAAAUUAUAUCCUACUGAAUGUGUUCUUGGCCAUUGCUGUGGACAAUCUGGCUGAUGCUGAGAGCCUCACAUCCGCUCAGAAGGAGGAAGAAGAAGAGAAGGAGAGGAAGAAGCUGGCCAGGACUGCCAGCCCAGAGAAGAAGCAAGAGGUGGUAGAUAAGCCAGCAGUGGAGGAGACCAAGGAGGAGAAGAUUGAGCUAAAGUCCAUUACAGCUGAUGGAGAGUCCCCGCGCACCACCAAGAUCAACAUGGAUGACCUCCAGCCCAAUGAAAAUGAGGAUAAGAGUCCUUACCCCAACCCAGAAACUACAGGAGAAGAGGAUGAGGAGGAGCCCGAGAUGCCUGUGGGCCCCCGCCCACGACCACUUUCUGAGCUGCACCUUAAGGAGAAGGCAGUGCCCAUGCCAGAAGCCAGUGCAUUUUUCAUCUUUAGCCCCAGCAACAGGUUCCGCCUCCAGUGCCACCGCAUUGUCAAUGACACGAUCUUCACCAACCUGAUCCUCUUCUUCAUUCUGCUCAGCAGCAUCUCCCUGGCUGCUGAGGACCCUGUCCAGCACACCUCCUUCAGGAACCAUAUUCUGUUUUAUUUUGAUAUUGUUUUUACUACCAUUUUCACCAUUGAAAUUGCUCUGAAGAUGACUGCUUAUGGCGCCUUCCUGCACAAGGGCUCUUUCUGCCGAAACUACUUCAACAUCCUGGACCUGCUGGUGGUCAGCGUCUCCCUCAUCUCCUUUGGCAUCCAGUCCAGCGCCAUCAACGUCGUGAAGAUCCUGCGGGUUCUGCGAGUGCUCAGGCCCCUGAGGGCCAUCAACAGGGCCAAGGGACUAAAGCACGUGGUACAGUGUGUGUUCGUCGCUAUCCGGACCAUCGGGAACAUCGUGAUUGUCACCACGCUGCUCCAGUUCAUGUUCGCCUGCAUUGGGGUCCAGCUCUUCAAGGGAAAGCUCUACACCUGUUCAGAUAGCUCCAAACAGACUGAGGCGGAAUGCAAGGGCAACUACAUCACGUACAAGGAUGGGGAGGUUGACCAACCCAUCGUCCAGGCACGCAGCUGGGAGAACAGCAAGUUUGACUUUGACAAUGUUCUGGCAGCCAUGAUGGCCCUCUUCACUGUCUCCACGUUUGAGGGGUGGCCAGAGCUGCUGUACCGCUCCAUCGACUCCCACACAGAGGACAAGGGCCCCAUCUACAACCACCGCGUGGAGAUCUCCAUCUUCUUCAUCAUCUACAUCAUCAUCAUCGCCUUCUUCAUGAUGAACAUCUUCGUGGGCUUUGUCAUCGUCACCUUCCAGGAGCAGGGCGAGCAGGAGUACAAGAACUGCGAGCUGGACAAGAACCAGCGACAGUGUGUGGAAUAUGCCCUCAAGGCCCGGCCUCUGCGGAGGUACAUCCCCAAGAACCAGCACCAGUACAAAGUGUGGUAUGUGGUCAACUCCACCUACUUUGAGUAUCUGAUGUUUGUCCUCAUCCUUCUCAACACCAUCUGCUUAGCCAUGCAGCACUAUGGCCAGAGCUGCCUGUUCAAAAUCGCCAUGAACAUCCUCAACAUGCUCUUCACUGGUCUCUUCACUGUGGAGAUGGUCCUGAAGCUCAUUGCCUUCAAACCCAAGGGUCACUUUAGUGAUCCCUGGAAUGUCUUUGACUUCCUCAUCGUAAUUGGCAGCAUAAUUGACGUCAUUCUCAGUGAGACUAAUCACUAUUUCUGUGAUGCAUGGAAUACAUUUGACGCCCUGAUUGUUGUGGGUAGCAUUGUUGAUAUAGCAAUCACCGAGGUAAACCCAGCUGAACAUACCCAAUGCUCUCCCUUUAUGAACGCAGAGGAGAACUCCCGCAUCUCCAUCACCUUCUUCCGCCUCUUCCGGGUCAUGCGCCUGGUCAAGCUGCUGAGUCGCGGGGAGGGCAUCCGGACCCUGCUGUGGACCUUCAUCAAGUCCUUCCAGGCGCUGCCCUAUGUGGCCCUCCUCAUAGUGAUGCUGUUCUUCAUCUAUGCCGUGAUCGGCAUGCAGGUAUUUGGGAAAAUUGCCCUGAAUGAUACCACAGAGAUCAACCGGAACAACAAUUUUCAGACCUUCCCCCAAGCUGUACUACUACUCUUCAGGUGUGCCACAGGGGAGGCAUGGCAGGACAUCAUGCUGGCCUGCAUGCCAGGGAAGAAGUGUGCCCCAGAGUCAGAGCCCAGCAACAGCACAGAAGGGGAAACGCCCUGUGGCAGCAGCUUCGCCGUCUUCUACUUCAUCAGCUUCUACAUGCUCUGUGCCUUCCUGAUCAUCAACCUCUUUGUGGCUGUCAUCAUGGACAACUUUGACUACCUGACAAGGGACUGGUCAAUCCUUGGUCCCCACCAUCUGGAUGAAUUUAAAAGAAUUUGGGCAGAGUAUGACCCUGAAGCCAAGGGUCGUAUCAAACACCUAGAUGUAGUGACCCUGCUCCGGCGGAUUCAGCCCCCACUGGGUUUCGGGAAGCUGUGCCCUCACCGUGUGGCUUGCAAACGCCUGGUCUCCAUGAACAUGCCUCUGAACAGCGACGGGACAGUUAUGUUCAAUGCCACCCUAUUUGCCCUGGUCCGGACAGCCCUGAGGAUCAAAACAGAAGGGAACCUGGAACAAGCCAAUGAGGAGCUGCGGGCCAUAAUCAAGAAGAUCUGGAAACGGACCAGCAUGAAGCUGCUGGACCAGGUGGUGCCCCCUGCAGGCGAUGAUGAGGUCACGGUUGGCAAGUUUUACGCUACAUUCCUGAUCCAAGAGUACUUCCGGAAAUUCAAGAAGCGCAAAGAGCAGGGCCUUGUGGGCAAGCCCUCCCAGAGAAACGCACUGUCCCUCCAGGCCGGCUUGCGCACACUGCAUGACCUUGGGCCCGAGAUCCGGCGGGCCAUCUCCGGAGAUCUGACAGCCGAGGAGGAGCUGGACAAGGCCAUGAAGGAGGCCGUGUCUGCUGCCUCUGAAGAUGACAUCUUCAGGAGGGCCGGUGGCCUGUUCGGCAACCACGUCAGCUACUACCAAAGUGACGGCCGGAGCGCCUUCCCCCAGACCUUUACCACCCAGCGCCCGCUACACAUCAGCAAGGCAGGCGACAGCCAGGGCACCACCGAGUCACCGUCCCACGAGAGGCUGGUGGACUCCACCUUCACGCCCAGCAGCUACUCCUCCACCGGCUCCAACGCCAACAUCAACAAUGCCAACAACACAGCGCUGGGCCGCCUCCCCCGCCCCACCGGCCCCCCUAGUGCAGUCAGCACCAUGGAGGGCCAUGGGCCUCCCUUGUCUCCUGCUGUCCAGGGGCCAGAGGCAGCAUGGAAGCUCAGCUCUAAGAGGUGUCACUCCCGGGAGAGCCAGAUGGCCAUGGUGUGUAAGGAGGCGGUCUCUCAGGACGAGCCCUGUGACAUGAGGAUGAAUGAGGACACAGAGUAUGGCAGCGAGCCCAGCCUGACCUGCACAGACCUGUUCUCCUACCAGGAUGAUGAAAAUCGACAAUUGACACCCCCUGAGGAGGAUGAGAGGGACACCCGGCAGUCUCCGAAGAGGGGCUUCCUCCGCUCCGCCUCCCUCGGUCGAAGGGCCUCCUUCCACCUGGAAUGUCUGAAGCGACAGAAGAAUCAAGGGGGAGACAUCUCUCAGAAGACAGUCCUGCCCCUGCACCUGGUCCAUCAUCAGGCAUUGGCAGUGGCAGGCCUGAGCCCCCUCCUCCAGAGAAGCCAUUCCCCUACCACGUUCCCCCGGCCGUGCGCCACCCCACCUGCCACGCCCAGUGGCCGAGGCUGGCCCCCGCAGCCCAUCCCGACUCUGCGGCUGGAGGGGGCCGAGUCCAGCGAGAAACUCAACAGCAGCUUCCCGUCCAUCCACUGUGGCUCCUGGUCUGGGGAACCCAUGCGCUGCGAUAGGGGCAGUGGCGCCAUCCGAAGAGCCCGGCCUGUAUCCCUCACCGUGCCCAGCCAGGCCGCAGCCCAGGGCAGGCAGCUCCACGGCAGCGCCAGCAGCCUGGUGGAAGCGGUCUUGAUUUCAGAAGGACUGGGGCAGUUUGCUCAAGAUCCCAAGUUUAUCGAGGUCACAACCCAGGAGCUGGCAGACGCGUGCAACAUGACAAUCGAGGAGAUGGAGAACGCUGCUGACAACAUCCUCAGUGGGGGCGCCCAGCAGAGCCCCAACGGCGCCCUGCUCCCUUUUGUUAACUGCAGGGACCCGGGGCAGGACAGAGCAGGGGGCGGGGAGCACGAGACCUGUGCAGCCCUCCUGGAGCGUGGGAAGAGCGAGGAGGGCGCGCAGGACAGCAGAGCCUUCGCCGGCAGCCUGUAGUCGCCAGGGCUGGGAGACGCUGGUUUUUAGUCGUUUCAGUGUUCCUGAUGGGUUCGUUUCAGAAGUGCCUCGCUGUUCUCGUGACCCGGAGUUAACCGGAACAGCGUCUUCAUUCGUUUCUUUGGGACCAGACGCAGAGCUGGGUGGUGUGGAGAGCCAGCUUUUCGAGGGGAGGAGAAGCAGCGACCCCAGUUUGUGUGCACAGAGGUGGAAUGGUGAGGAGGAGGAGGUGGAGGAGCCAGGGAGGGAGCGCGGAGAGCAGACACUGCCCUCCCGCUGUAUUCCAGGCCCUGCGUGAGGACCCGACAGCCGCCUGGGGCGCAAAGGAGCACCUUGGCUUCCUGCAGUAGCCCUCACCAAAAGGACCCUAUGCCAGACGGGUGUCUUUCAACUCUGCUUGUAAAAAAUCAUUUGCACACAUUCUGUAUGAGCCUCACUGUCUCCAUAGAGCCGGGGUCCUGUGGAUUGCAGAAGGAAGUGGGUCGGCCUGCAGCCGGGACGGUCCCACCCGGAGAGGAUGGAGCUCGCAGCAGGGCGGGGCGGGCGGGCCGCCGCACCCCGGGUCGGGCACCGCGCGCCACCGGGAGCACCCCACCUGCAGCGCUCCAGGCCGCCCGGCCCAGCCCGGCGGGAGCCUGCGCUGCCCCAGGGGUGGGGGCCGCCCGCUCUUGGCUAGAGGAGGUGGUGCUGAGCUUCCGUUGAGCGCCCUUUUGUUUUGUGGUUUGGCAUUUUUCUUAACAGCAUGUUGCAGUUUUGUUUUCUGGUUUUUGGGUUUUUUCUUUUGUUUUCCCAGGGGGAGGGGAGGAGGAAGAGCAUUUACGAAGUUUUGUAGCCACCCACCUUACUGUUUUCACAGAUGUAAUUCGGUUUGGUUUUAUUGUAUUAUUUAAACGGUUGUGCUGUCCUUUACCUAUGGAGAGCUCGGAGAGCCGCUGUAGGAGAGUUUUGCCAGCCAUUGUGUAUGCCCAGUAAUUUGUUAUAAUUUCCAUAGGUAGUAACAAAAAUGUUUUUUGGUUUGGCUUUCUAAGUUAAAAGUAAUCAGCAAUGCACUUGAUAUAGUCUUGCACAUGUGGGUGCUUAAGUCGGGUUCUUUUUAAUGCUGGGUGUACCCGUGGGUGCCAGAGAGAAGCAGCAUGUGUGAGACAGUGUGUGUGUGUGUGUGUGUGUGUGUGUGUGUGUGUGUGUGUGUGUGUGUGUGUGUUGUGUGUGCGUGAAUGUGCACCCAUGCGAAGCGCCCGUGCGUGAAUGACUGCGCGGCUCCCCCUUUUUGGUUAACUGUGGGGAGGUCUGAAUCUGGGGCCAUUUGAAAGCGAAAACAAACCACUGUCUCUGCUUCUGAAACAGGAAUCAGUAACUCUUUGCAUUUUCUGUCCCACAAGAUAUGCAAAAACAAUGCAAUAAUAUUCAUUUUCAAAAUACAAUUGUGAGUUGUGUUGGCAUUAAAACUGUAUUUUAAAAAACAGAAAUUUAAGGGGAAAACUCAAGAAGGCGUUUUGCUUCGAUAUAUUCUGUGUAUUGUUUUAUUGCAUUGAUAAUGUUUCUGUUGAAGAAACCGUUAUACUUGAAUUCAGGUCAGUUUCAGUAUUUUACAAAUAUUUUUUUAAAACUGAAUUGCAAUUGUGCCAAGCGAAUAUAAUGAAUUGAAUUA